UCCACACACACCUCGCAGAAGUGUGAAGAUGGCGUCAGGCUCUGAUCUGCUGUACCAGGUAUUUCUGAAUACAGAGGUGGACGAAAAAGUAGUCAGUGAUCUAGUGGGAUCUCUUGAAUCCGAGCUCGCAAGCUCGGUUCACAUAAACCAUGGGGUUGAGAGUCAGACAGGCGCCCUACACAUGGCUAGUACCGGAACAAGGAAUAACGUUAAUGCUAGCUAAUCUCCAGAUAAAACUGGGACUUGUUGAAGAGGUUGCCAAAGCAGGUAUGCAGUGUUACUACCACGUUGUCUCGCUAACUGUUUCCCUAAGUGUAAGAAAAAGCAAACGCCAAUUGUUUACUCAGGUAGAACUUGGAAGUGGUCUGGCUUGAACUGUUUCCCCUGCAAAAUCGGGACUGGAGUGCAAGUGUCAUUAGCACAGUUCAGUUUUCAUUUUAGCUAUGGAUGCAUCACCGGUUGGGUCGGACUCAUCGACAGAAAAUGACCAAAUCAAGACAGUUGUUGUUAGUGUUAAUGCUGUCCCAAAUCACGCCGAAAAAGUUACAUCGUCAGUAAAAACUUUUAAUGGAAGCACUAUUAUUGUCUCCCACAGUUCAGGAACCACUUCCUCUCUCACGGGGAUGUCAAAAAUCUGCACUGGUAGCGAAAGCGGCAGUACAGUAGUCAGCAAUGAACUAAAACUGUCGAAUGUGACAAUGCCUCCCACAUCAAACAGUGUCAUUCAGACUUGUAUUAACCAACAAAAUACUGUCACCUCAUCUCCGGCUGCUGGUUUGGGUGGUGGGCUUACCGUAACACUUGUGAAGCCGUGUAUGCAAACUGCAGGAUCGUAUACAACUUUGAAUGGGGACAGUUGUACGGAAAAUGUCAAAGCACCGAAGGAACCCUUAACGUCUGCACCAUUUAGGAGCAUUCAAACUCCACUUUUAAACAGUGAUCAGUCACCUAGUUCCUCAGUGCCUGCCAGUGCAGAAUCGCACAUUGCCAAGGCAGAGGCGGUCCAAACAAUCAUAAAGACAGAACCGCAGACUGUUCCAGCCGUUGUUACAAAUGCGGACAAUUUAACACCGGGGAUAAUCAUCAAGAAUCCGUUGCUGCAAAGCACACCAAAGACGUGCACUCCUGUGAUAGCAGCUGCCAGCCCGGGCGGAAUCAGAGCCAUAGCACCACAGGUGUUAGCCCCACGUCUCUCCCAGACAUCCCCGAAUCAGCCCAACUUACAGAACAUCCAGCUGCCCCCAGGUAUGGUCCUGGUGCGCAGUGACAGUGGGCAGCUGAUGAUGAUCCACCAACAGAUCCUGUCUCAGAUGCAGGCGUCUCGCCUCGCCACCCCCACAAGCACACCAGGACACCAAGUCCAGAUCACCUCAGUCCAGACCCCUGGUACCUCCAUCCUGCCCAGACAGGUGACCCCCACCAUCAUCAAGCAGGAGUCUCCUGCCCUCACCUCUGCCCCUGUCACCAUCACACUUCAGAGACCCCAUGUUUUACAGAGCCCUAUAGGUGCAGCAUUACCAGGCACAUCCCAAAUGACAGUCAGCCCAUCCACCGGGACCACUGUCACCUUGGCAACGGAAACCAUGGAGAACGUGAAAAAAUGCAAGAACUUUCUCUCGACUUUAAUCAAACUGGCAUCCAGCGGGAAGCAGUCUUCAGAGACAGUGGAAAACGUCAAAGACCUGGUCAAAGACCUGCUGGAUGGCAAGAUUGAACCAGAGGAUUUCACCAGUAAGCUGUACAAAGAGCUCAGCUCCUCACCUCAGCCUUACCUUGUGCCUUUUCUCAAGAGAAGCCUUCCAGCCCUGAGGCAGCUCACCCCAGACUCGGCAACAUUCAUCCAGCAGAGCCAGCAGCCAGCCCAUACAACCUCCACCCCCAGCCCCACUCCUAUGGUGGUCCUCGGCAGCCCAGCUCUAAUGCCUGCUGCCUCAGCCUCCAGAUCCCACCUCCACCCUGUCAUCAGCAAACAGGGACACCCAGCAUCACUGGUGCAGCAGGGGACCAUAGUCAGGCCUCCCCAGGUUACCCUGGCAACAACCUCCGCGGUAUCACUGAGGGGUCAGGCCCCCAGUGGCUUAAUGCUGGGGCAGCCACAGGUGCAGUUCAAACAGCUGCAGCAAGUCCCCAUGGCAAGGCCUGGUUUGAGACCUGGCUUUAAAACCAUUUCUGGCCCUGCUUCCCUGGCCACUGCAGCCCACAAGAAUAAGUUGAGAGGGGCCGGUGCAGGCACCUUCAGGGAGGAGGAUGACAUCAACGAUGUGGCGUCCAUGGCCGGGGUGAACCUGUCCGAGGAGAGCGCUCGGAUCCUAGCAACCAACUCUGCGCUGGUGGGGGCAGUGACGCGCUCCUGUAAGGAUGAGGCAUUCCUCCAUACCUCCACUCUGCAGAGGAGAAUCCUGGAGAUAGGCAAGAGAUGUGGGCUAGUAGAGCUGGGCCCAGAGGUGGUGACCUUCUUGUCCCAUGCCACCGAACAGAGGCUGCGAAACCUGCUGGAGCGGGUCACUGAGGUGGCUCAGCACAAAAACAUCAGUUUCAAGGAGGAUAGUCGGUACGAGCAGAAAAGCGAUGCGAGGGCCCAGCUCAAGUUCUUUGAGCACCUGGACCAGGUGGAGAAGCAGAGGAAAGAAGAGCAGGAGAGAGAGAUCCUGAUGAAGGCUGCAAAGUCUCGAGCUCGACAAGAAGACCCGGAGCAGCUGCGACUGAAACAGAAGGCCAAAGAGAUGCAGCAGCAGGAGCUAGCGCAGAUGAGACAGAGGGAGGCCAACCUUACUGCUCUGGCAGCCAUCGGCUCCAGGAAGAAGAGGAAGCUGGGCUCUGCAGCCUCUCCUGCUGGAGCAGAGGGUUCGGGGUUCAGUCCUUCUGUGUCAGGUAGUCCAGGUUCGGCGGCGUCCAGGCAGUUCAGCCGUCAGCGCAUCACCAGGGUGAACCUCAGGGAUCUGCUCUUCUGCCUGGAGAACGAGAGAGAGAGCGAUCGCUCCCAGCUUAUCUACAAAGGCUUCCUAAAGUGAAGAGACUAAAGAGAGAGAAAGAGUGAGGGAGAUACUCCUGGGUGGGGAGAGACCUGCCUCUCAGUUCAGAAUCUUCUCAGAUAGUCUUUUUACUUUCAUCUCCACCGAGAGAUGUAUGAAGAGACUCCUCAGUGACUGGAUACCUUUUGAAUUUCAGUUGUUUUCAUCCUACCUUGAAAUGUAACUCAAUGAUCCAGGCGGCUCCUAUGACUACCAUGUAGGCCAUUGUUCUUUUUCAAGUCUAAGAACCGACUUUCCUAAAGACAUACUCUUGUUCUACUUUGUAUGUUGUGUACUACUUGUAAUGUUUUGACCAACCACAUACAGUAUAUGUCCCUGUAGAGUAAAAAGUCAAUUCAGUUUAGUGUAUGAAAUGAAAUCAUACAAAUAGUUUUAAUCACAUUUUACUAUAGUUAUCUAGCAGGAAUUUUAAUUGGCAUUAAUCUACUCAGUGUGAAUAACAACAAAAUAGGCCAUAUACUGUAUUUGUACAUGAUUUUUAUGAACAUCAAAAGUAAAACUUCAGAUAAUUAUGAUCUAACACAAUAACACUGAGUUUGGUUGCACUAUGCUUUAAUUCCCUGUCUAGUAUGUUUUCAGUUUAGACCGAUUUUCUUUCUUCCAAGUAUGGAAAAUCUAUACGUGUGCUAUAUUUUUGUGUGUGGCAUUUUGUAGCAACAAAUUGAUAACAGGAUAUAUAAUUGGUGUUUUUGUUGAUUUCAUGCUUUUAUUCUUGCACUUGCGCUGAGGGAUUCAAUUUCCAAAAUUAUGUUCCCUAAAAUAUGGUUAAUAGAUUUUUAUAAUCUGACAAGGCUUUGUGGGGUUCUGUACAGCAUGCCUUGUGAUUUGGGUUGGGAUUUAAGGCAUGUAUUAUUGCACCAACAAUUUACAAUACAAGCCCUUUUAAACAUGCAAAAUGUGUACUUUUUUAUACCAAGGUUAUUGACAUUCGAUGACAUGACGGUUAUAAUUGUCAUUGUCUCUUAUUAUACAGCCUGUGCACCCAAUGUCUUCCCAUUGGUGAAUUUCUGUCAGCAUGUUUUUCUCAGAGAAAUUCCAUGGAGAAUCUGAGAAUGGUUUCUUGUACAUUUUGCAUAGACUUUUGUUCAUAUGUAAAUAUUUUUAUAUAGGUCUGAAUAAAUGAUUUUUUUACUGUCA